UUCGGAAGGAGCAACAACAGUGGAACCGCGCUCGGUUGCUGAGGAAAAAGUUAGUGUCCCAUUCUAUAUAUAAUCUUACACAAUAGCCAAUCGCUGUGCUCUGUGGUGCUGAAUGUAAAUGCGCUAGUUCGCAUUUUCUUCCUUUCUAUCGCUAUUUCGAAUCAGUUUGGUGUGUAUUUUGUGAGGAGACGAGCGCUUCCACUUAGACUGUGCGAGUGUGUGUGUGUGUGUGUGUGUGUGUGGUGUGUGUUUUCGCGUACGUGUGCCGCUUGUGUACCGUGUGUGGGACUGGGCGUGAGUGUAUGUGCGUAUUUAGAGAGACGAUAAAAGGUUUAUAAAACAACCCCACCAGCGAGAGAAAUUGCGCUGCGAUGUGUGGGGCGGUGGUGAAGAAAAUGAAAGGAAAAACAUCUAGAAGGUUUUGUUUUGACCGUGGCUGUGUGCGUGUGUUAUGUUGGUGAAACAGAAAACGAAAAAAAAAAUAGAUUCCCUCAUUAUGUACGCAAUUUGAUGGUGUGUGGGGCCCGUUGUUGCUUCGUCAUGCUAGCAGCGCGUGUGUGUGUGUCUGUGUGUGGUUUCCGAUGUUUGUUUGUUUGGUGCUAGCACAGUUUCAAAUUAGAAUUUCGCCCCUGUUUGUGUGUGAGUGAGUGUGUGUGCUGGCUACACGAAUAAUUUUCUAUUGCGUUCUGGGUGAAAAGCUAUCACACUUUUCUGUUUCGCUCCAUUCUGUCCACGCCCUUACGGUGUACUGCUGGGGCUAGCAAGAGGGGUGCAGUGUUAGGAGUGUGUGUGUUUUGGUACCGCCGUAGCGGAAGUUAGCGCAUUGAAACGCAUUCGACCGUGCAAAUCGGGCGAGAAAAAAGGGAAAUGUGCACAGCAGAGCUGGGCAAAGAACGAGCCGAGCCAAAGAGAGAGAGAGAGAGGAGAGAGUUUUGAGUGGGAGUGGGCGGUGGAGCCAGAGCUCCCUUUUUCAUUGCCACCUCAACGCGCAACACCCGCCCGCGCUUGUAUCCGGCCCGUCCCCUGGAGUCCAAGUCUGCCCGUUCAACCCCGCACUACAACCAUACGCAAAGAGCAAGAGAGCAAGAGCCGCAGCGAGCGCCAGAGAGAGCGAGAGAGCAAGAGCCCGCACGAAGCAAUAGAAGGUUCCCGAUGGUGCUGAUCACGAUGGCGCAGUGGAACCGAGUGGAAAAAUUGCCGUUCCCUCAUUGCGAGCCGUUUGGUAGUACCUUCACAAGCCGGAAUCUUCGCGUCCUUACCCAAAACUAGGUCGCAAAGCAGCACAGCACGGACGGGGAUGGGAGCGCGUCGUUAGUUGCAGAGAGAAACUCUUGCACUGCCAAACAUCUGUAGCCCAGCCUCAGGAGUGGUGCGCCAAGUUUAGAUUCCGCAGCUCUUUUUCAGCAGCAAUCAGCAGUGUGUAAAGUGUGGUACGGAAAAAGGGAAAACAUUACUACCCCCAUGUGUGUGUGUGUGUGUUUCUGUAGGUGAAGUUAUAAAAAAGAGAGAAAUAAUACUUUGUGUGUACGCGUGUGGUACAGUCCUUUUUCUGUUUGGCCAAGGUGUAGUGAUCGCAAGUGACAGAUCGAUAGUAAAUAAACACUAAGGAAACGUCGGUGAGUAGCGCCGCUGGCGCUACUACUGUAAACAAAUCGGCAGCAAUCGGAAACGCCAUCGAAAAUGGUGUAGAAGGCGCAGAGGGCGCAUAAGUAAAGCUUCCGGUGGUGUGAUACGUACAUUCCACGAGACGUUCUUUCGUUUUGCGAGCAAUUCCCCACCCAUACAACGGAAUAGAAAAGCAAAAACGAUACGGGAACUGUGUGUGUCCCCCACACUGUCGUCUCUCCAGUGCAUGAAGGAAGAAAAUAAAGCAAGAAACUCUGUGCAAUAAUUAGCGUGCUACAAAAAAAGGAGGGUGCAGUGAGAGAGAAUUUUCCAACAAAAAAAAAAACCCCUUGCUCGUGGAACAGAUCGCGCCCCACCACCGGACGCGCAGCAACGAUGAUGAAUCCGAACCAUUCCGGUGCGUCACGGCGGCCGUACUCGCGCGGUGCCGUACCGCGCAACCGCUCCCGGAUGCCGUUCUCGCCGCACCAUUCGCACCACGCGAACCGGAACCAUGGCGGGCACAACCAGUCCUGGUACAACAAGGACAUGGAGAAUAGCUUUAACUACGGUGACAGCGGCAGUAGUCCGAAAGAGUCAUCCUUCACCUACACCUCCAAGUCCCCGCCGGUGCAGUUGCAUUCCCCUCCCAUAGCGGGCCGCCCGACGGCGGCCACCAUACUAAUGCCUUACGGUGCUGCUGACGAUGGUAGUAUUAAUAAUAGAUCUCAACAAAUUCUUAGAGCCGGCCCGAGCCACAUUGACCGACACCGGAUCAAUAUGGGCGGUAAUAGUAUGCAGGAGCGCAACCGGCACACGAUGAGUGCGUCCUCGAUCGAUCGCCAUCUGAAUCACUUCGAGGGUCCAUCCAACUCGACGCGCGGCGCGGAUCUGCACGGUGGCGACGCACGCUCGGUCCUGUCGAUGGACUCGAUGCGCAACAGCCGCGACAAUAACGGUGGCGCCCGCGAGCGCUUCAGCCCGCACUAUCACCCCGGUGGUGGUAGUGGUGGUGGGGGUGGGAGCGGCGGCGGCAAUGGUUCCGGACCAGCCGGUGGAAGCAAUCAGGGCUCGUCGCCCCCGUACUGCCCGGUCGAUGGGAUCGGGGGCAACGGUGGCAUCAAAUCGGACAGCCCGUCGCGCAAGCGGCGGCGUGUAUCGUCCCGGCUGCCGAGCCAAUCGCCGCCGGCCGCCAUCUGGGAGCAGCGCCGUUCGCCCCGCAACGGUGGCGGCAUGAUGUCGCUGAUGGGCACGAGCGGCGCUAAUGGCGGUGGGAAUGGGCAGGGCAGCAACGGUGGCUUGGGAAACCAUGGCAUGAACGGGCACCACAGCAUGUCUCAGCAACAGCAGCAGCAGCAGCAGCCGCAAUCAUCGCAAAGCGGUCAGCAGCAGCAGCUGGUACCGCCGCAACUGCACCACCGUGACCAUCCACAACCGCAUCAUCAUCACCCGAUGCACCAUCACCACCAUCACUCGCAGCAGCAGCAGCAACAACAGCAACAGCAGCAGCAGUCUCAUCAUCACACAAACGGGGGAGGAUCGCAUCUGCACCCGAGCUCGGGCGGUGGUCUGGCGGCAGCCGUCAUAUCGCAGCUUCAGUCGCACGCACACCAUCCGCAGGGCAGUCCGCCGAUCCGGCGGCCCCGCUUCCAUCGUGAUCAGCAAUCGCAGCAGCAGCAGCAGCCUCAGCAGCAGCAACAGCAGCAGCCGCAACAGCAGCAACGUCCCUGGGAGUCGCUGACGCAGGUGUUCCAGCAGGCUCCGGCCGCGCAGGCCCAACAUCAACAUCCGGCCUCUUCGCUGAUGGUUGACAUUAACCAGGUGCCGGUCAGUCUGCCGCUCGGCCAUCACCACGAGCAGCUGUGGACGUACUCGGCCGGGCCGCACAUUUCAAUCUGCUCCGGACACCCGGCCGCACCGCACUUGCCACCGUGUCAGGUCCAUGGCGUGUACUCGCAACCGUUUGCACAGACCUGCGGUAUUGGCGGGCAUUUCGGAGGCUUUGCCUCGUCCGCUGGGCCGGCUUUGGCCGUUCCGCAUCCACCACCGCACCAAGCGCACUACCAGCAUCCCCAUCUGGCACAGCAGCGCACCGACGGCUUGACGCUGGACGGGUUGGAGCAUGCCGGCGGGUCACCGUUGCACCUGUCGCCGCUCGCCACGCACGCGCACCAUCUGCACGGUGCCUCGCCGCAGAUGACGCAGCUGACCGCGGCGGCCCAACCGAUCUACAUUUCCACCGAGGUAAGUGCCGUGGGCAGUGAGGUGCCCCGAACGGGCGUCACACCCGCCGGAACACUGAUCCCACUGAUCGCGAACGUCCCGCAGGGUCGCAACUAUGAGAUACUGCACCGGACGGUUCGCCGGGCGAUCACGGCACCGCGGCGCAACUUUGCCCGCUUCCACUGGCCCGGCCCACCGCCGCCGCCGCCGCCGCCGCCGCCACCGGCGCACCAUCAGCACCACCAUCCGGGCCACCACCCGACGCAUCACCAUCGGCCCCACGCGCCACCACCGCCGGCCGCCCUGCAGGCCCAUCCGCAGCCGCUCGGCCAUCCGCAGCCGGCCCACGUCACGCUGUCGGCCACCACGUCCGCCUACUCGGGCAUACUGCUGAACUUCCUACCCGUCCGAUGCCCUUUCAGAGCGAUGUUCCCGCUGUCCUCGUACGGUCCGCCGGACCUGAACUCGCCGGACUCGAACGAGACGGAAAAUUACGAAGCGCUGCUCAGUCUAGCCGAGCGUCUGGGCGAGGCGAAACCGCGCGGUCUGGCACGGCCCGAAAUCGACCAACUGCCGAGCUACAAGUUCAACGCAGAAACUCACACCGGUGAUCAAACAUCGUGCGUGGUUUGCAUGUGUGAUUUCGAGGCGCGUCAAAUCCUGCGGGUGUUGCCCUGUUCGCACGAGUUCCAUGCUAAAUGCGUUGAUAAGUGGUUGCGGUCCAAUCGCACGUGUCCAAUAUGCCGCGGCAACGCGUCGGAGUACUUCGAAAGCAGCGAGGAACAGUAAUCAUGAACACCGGCACAAACCGACGCAAUCGAAAGCCAUUCGGUAGGUGUGUAUGUGUGCUAGCUUUCGUGGCCUGUGGCAAGUUGGUGUCUACUGCCGCGCGGAGGACGGUGUUGGCGAGUUUAAACAAAUCUACGUUGUCGUGUUUGUCACCUUUUGCAAUAUUCUACCAAUCAGCGUCUCAGUAAACAAAAACUGCCUCAUCAGGAACAGUCCCUGGCAGAGUAUGCUUUACGUCUUUCACAUUUAAAUCGCGCUAGUGAAAUCCACUGUAGUGUUUGCCACCCACCAACAGGCUGUUGCUUUUUAUCUGGCCUCUUCUUGAGCGCGAAAUCGCUAAAGUUUUCCUUUCCUCGAUAAAGAUGUGCGAAUCUCAAGCAGCAGCAAGCUCACAAACACACAUAAAAAUACCUUACGAAAGCUUGUUAAGUGGUUUUGUGUAAGUUUUUGCUUUACUAACAUCAUUUGAACUGCUGCCACCUCAAAGUUACUAACGAUAACACUUUAUAGAAGAGUUUUGCGAGUGAAAACAAGAGUCUGUUGCAUGUGGUAACAGGAAUAAAUCUAUGAGCUACAUAUGUGGAUGUUUCCUGUCCAAAUUAGUUUAUUGUUUGUAGAUGCUUUAGAAGAGUUUGCAAAGGAUAUGGAUAAAUGUGUCUUGCAAUUAGGUUACAAAUGGAAUGGCAAUAAUACAAUGGCAACAAUGGCAGCGUUAUGAAUUCAACGUUAUUCCUAUGUUUUGCACCUGUUUUGCCAGCAGGAGAGAGGGAGUAGAUUCAAACUGUGACGAUUCAGCAAACACAAAAGUGCGCUAAUUGCGAGCAGCAACCACAAGCAUAAUAUUAAACUGCAAACAAAACAAAACAAUGGUUAUCCAAGCGAAUAAUCAGUGAAACCACGAUAGAACCCGAAAUGACAAUGCAAACGCCAUUUCGCAACCACCCAAGAGCAAUAAUUCGAAAACAACAAACAAAGCAACCAAGCUCAGUCAACGUAUACAACACACAAUUGUUUUCAUAUGCCAUAAUAUAAGUAGCGAAUGGGGAACGAUAUAAUACUGCUAACUAUGUAUAGCAUUACAAACAUGCAACAAUAUUAUUAUGCAACAACCAAAAAAAAAAAGGAAAAAAACUCAAAAAGGAACAUUUUUAUUCCAAUGCCCAAUGGCGCGUUUGACAAUGGCACUACGUCAACAGUACGGCAAGAUUUGCUACAAAAUUUUAACACUUUUAACAAAAAGUCUAUUACAGCACCUGACUAUUGCUUUUAUCGGUAUUGUUCUGUUUCAAUGCGGUUGUUCUUUCUUCAUCAUACUUUUACGGUUUUUUUGAGUAGUAGAUCGCGUAUAGUAACAUUCUUACGUCUGUUUUCUUGCUUAACAAACAAACAACUAGCCUAGUUAAGUUGCAUUUUUUCAACACAAUUUGUUGUUCGUUUAAUCGACCGGAUUACACGCACCACGGUAGAAGAUUAUUGUGUGCCAUCACGGGUGGCCUCAUAGGUUUAUGUCUAUAUUUAGUGUGUAACCCAUGUAAGCAAACGUUCAGCAGUCGGUUCGUGUAGCUGUUUGCAUGGUUGUGGUUUUAUAGAAUCAAAAUAAUUUUAUACUUAUCGAAAUGCUUGAUCAACGAAUAACCUGUGUGUACACACCCCUCAAGUCGGUGGAACAGCAAUGAACAGUAAUGAUUGUUAAAACAUACGUAGGACCAAUGCCAUAAUAGUCACGAUACGAUAUAAGCAAAUAGUAUGACCACAAGAGCAAGUUAGAAUCUUUUAUCUUGUUUUUGUUUGUUUUAUCACUAACAAAUCUCGUAAUGAUCAAUUUCAACCAGAGUUACCUUACACAUAUUGGUUUUGCCUCGAUAGCCUUUUACAUUAUAGCAAGCUCGCUUAAGCUCUUUCUUCUACUAUCGCCACCAACGUUAUCUUUUGUGUAGGGCCAACCCACGAACCUAUAGUUUUUCAUAGUUUUGUAAUUUGUAAGGUCAGAUUGUCAUGCACUUUUCAUCAGCGCUGUUCUGCUCUGCUGCUUAUAAUGCUUGUUUAACAAUCGUUGCACGUGUAUGGUCGAGACUAGGCAGAGAACUGGAUAUUCGAAAUCAUUCCAUUAGGCAAACCAUUAAGGCUUGUAACUCACGCGGAUUGAACAAGAUUUGCGACAAACUUCCAAUCAGAGGAGUGCAGAUAUUUUAAACGUGGUGUUUUGUGUUGUUUCUCUUCAUACCUUUUUUUACUGAUAAUGCAUUUUAAAGUUGCUGUGGAAAUUCCUAUCUUAUUUUUUUGUUUCAAUUUAAUCUAUAAGCACACAAUUAGCCCAUUUUAAUCUCAGGACAAGUAUCGUUUUUUUUUUAUUUUACAAAAGCACCAAUGCUAGAUUUGCAAAUACAGUUUUAGUUGGUAUGAUCGUGUGCACAUAUUUGAAGGAUGCUGUUAGGUAAAUUGAUUCGAAUAACGGAUGCAACAAUCAGCAAUCAACAAAAACAGAAAAAAAGCUUUGAAUCUUCUGUUCAGUUCCUGGGAGCUUCGAUUUAUGUUUCACUGGAGCGCUUUAUGAUCUCGAAUGAAUUGCAUGCGCGCGCGUGCGUGUUUGUGUGUUAUUAAACCGUUCGCAAGCAAAUCUGUACUAUCUAUCACGUAGGUUAUUUUAAUUUUAAUAAACAUGCACGCACACGCAGACAAACCGUGGCCCAUCCCGACGAGGGCUGUGGUCGGUUAAGCAAUCAUCCCUUUUAUUGCCUUUUCCAUUAAUCCAUAAAUGCCAUUCAGCUUUAUUAAUAUAGCAAUGUUAUAGUUGUUACGCGUUUAGUGAUUAAUUACUUGUUUCAUUAAGUCAUAUCCUGCUCUUUUUUCAACGCUUUGUUUCGGGGUUUUAAUGUUUAUGUUUUUACAAAUGUCCAGUGGUAUGGCUAGCAAUUGCAUAUCGUACAUGUUUCCGUGUGUUUUUAAAAUCAUAAUCACGAUGUUUGUUGUUUGACAUUGAACAGCCAACAGCAAUAAAACCAACCUUUGUUGUAUCCGAGAGAUGUUACAGCAAAACGUAAAUUGAAACCAAUUUACACACUCUUCCUCUCCCUCCAAUUGCUCAUUCGCUCCCGGUAGAUUUUAGUUGUGUUCAAUGUUGCGUUGCCGAAUGCAACGAAUGCGUAACAAACAAAACAAACAUAAAGAAAAAAAAAUACGCUAAACCUAUUGAAUGUGAUUUUGGUACAAUAUUAGCUUAGAGGAAAUCGAUAAAUUGAAACGUUUUGUAUGUAGUAUGUGUGUGUGUGUGCAUGUGUGGUAAAAAGGAUAAAAAAUAUGUUUCUAAAAAAAAUCGUAAAACAAAAUCCGUCAUCCUAACGCGUCGGUAGAAAAGUAGUUGCGGUGGCGUAUGCAUUAAUGCGCAGGGAAUAAUACAAAUACGAGCACUUUCCAUAAUCGACACAGCAGAACAGACCCCUCCAGCAUGUGUCGCGGAUGGAAGUGACGAUUGCAGGAAGCUAAUUAUAUCUUAAAUGAUUAUCAAUAAGAAGACAAGUACAUUUUAAAAUGGGAUCAAUGGAUAGGUUUAAAGAGAAAAUCACGCUUAUGAUGCGCGCUUGUGAUGGUUUUCGUAUUUCAGUCUCUUUUUGUAGUGUUUUUUCUCUCCUUUCUUUCUUUCUUGUUUCACUUUGCAAACUUUCUACCGCUCCCUGUAGUUUGUAACACUAGCCUCUAAUUACAAAAAAAAAACCAAAACCCGGAAAAGUGCUAUCUUUUCGGGAUAGGAGCAAAAAAACUCUCUCACACACACGGGCUUUUAUAUAUAAGCCGCGCAGAAUGUUUUUUGGACAAUAUGUAACACUAACUGUAACUUUCGUACGACACGGCACAAAUUCUACUGCUAUAGUAGCACCCACUGUUGUUGUAAAAUCUCAUCUCACCUAUCGAAACCACACCACACCACACCACACUAUGCACGCUAUGUUGUAAUAUCGCCUGUAACAGAACUGCCGUGAAUGUGUAAAAUCCGUGAACGUGUGAAUGAGACCGCGUGUGUGUGAAUGCGUACGAUUAUCAGGCCGCAUUAUCAGGCGACGCCGACAAUCGUUUGUGUGUGUGAAAGGAUAUGCCGAAUGAAUGGGGUAAUUAUUAACAAAGAAGAAAAGUGUUUAAGUAAACAAAGUAACAGCAAAGCAUUAUUGUGUGCCCCUCCUACAUUCUGGACUGAUCUUUAUAUAUAUACAUAUGAUAAAACAAAAAAAAACAAAAGUACAUAUAAAUAUAUAUAUAUACAUUACGAUAAAGCAGACGUGUACAAUGCAAUGAAAAACAAACAAACAAAACGAACGAAUAAAAAAGAAAAGGGAACGCUCGAAAAGAGUAUGCGUAUUACCAUAUAUCGAACCAUUUUCCACCCGCCAGCGCUAAAAAAAAGAGAAAAAAACAACAACAUUCCACAGUAUUGUCACUAACCCCUUUGAAGCCAAAUAGCGAAAAAUGCAUGUAAACUUAAAUUACACCAAAUAAUACAGAAACAAAUGAGAGUGCAGCACACCACACACAUAGAGGGCAGUGUGAAUGCCAUCGCCAUUCAGGUGGUGUACAUUCUGAAAUGGAAAAAAAUCAAACAAAAUAACAAAAAAAUAAACUAAACUAUAGCAAAACUAAAUGUGCGCAAUUUUGCUGUAGCGUGUGUGUAGAGUGACGUGACUUUUAGUGGUUUCCAUGUUGAAUAAUAAGAGAAAAAGCGAAUAAAAGAGAGAGAGAGAGAGAGAGAUAGGAAGGAAGGAAAAAUAGGAACAAACAAAAACAUAAGAAAAUACAUCCGCCCUGUUUAGUAGUCUUUAAAAUGCCACUAGCCUUGGUUGUUGCAACAAAAGGCAUAAGCGUGUGAAAACAAACAAAAAAUGCAACAGAAACAAAAUAGAAUUUCCUGCAUACAAAAGUCACAACCAAAAGAAACAUAUAAACCAUCGGCAGCGUUCUAAAUACACCUGUACACUCACACAUUACCUUGUAUCUUCCUUAUAUUUUAAAAAUGUUCAAUAUUCAUUAAUAAAUGGGUGGCCGAAAUCAAUCACUGCUAAAUAAUAGACAGGGCAGGGACAGAUGUGCAUGAAAGUAUAGAACAACAACAACAGCAAAAAAAAAACAGGAAAUUUUAAACAAUGCAUUAAAAACAAACAUACAAAAUCCCAACCAUACGCAAACCACUAACAAAAGUGCACCCGGGGAUGUAAAGGGUUAAAACAAGGCCAGAAUUUCAACGUAACACAUAGAGAGAGCGACAAAACAAAAUUAAAAUGCAUUUCCGCUGCUGCUAGAUGUGAUAAACUUUAAUGAGGUAAAACAAACAAGUAUAUAUGACAAGAAAGAAAAGAAAAAAAAACACAAAUAAAAACAAAAACCAUUAACAUAUAGUUUAGUAUCCGUACCAAGAUGAUGUCCAAACGAGAGGGAAGAAAGAGAGAGAGAGAGAACGAGAGAUAACAGGAGAAAGAGUGUUGCUAACAAAACAAUAAAACUAAAUAAACCACCAAUGCAAAUUUCUCUUUCUGGCUAACCAUCCCACCACCCUUCUGCUCUGCCAUAUUACUAUCGCUACACCCCCCCCUCUGCUCUGCUCCAUGCAUGCCAAUGCUAUUAUUUAGUUAUGCCUAAAUGCGUUUAAACAUGCGUCUGUUUGCCAUUUUUUAAGAGCACAAACAAUAACAAUAUUCGCUCGACACACGUUCCUUUAGCAUCCUUCUACACGGAGUAUACAUAAGUUAUACUAAUCCUGCUCAGCGUACGUACAUGCAUACACAGCCAACACAGUUUAUGGUGGUGGUUUAUGGAGUUUAAUCGCUUGGCGACAGCCCCCAAGGAUACGCCUACUAUGCGUGCACUAGCGCAUGCACUAUGUACUGUCUGUUUGCGUCCCAAUUUUCUUACAAUUGCCAUAUUUCCAUCCGAUGUUUUAUUCGUUAUCUCCUGAUUGUGUUUGUGGAUGUGUGUGUGUGUUUUUUUCCUCAUGUUCAUAGUAACGCAUGCAUUGAUAGUGUAUCUACAAAGCGAUUCUUUGUAGAAAUAGUGAGAAAAUCUAUCGGAAAAACGUAAUCUAUCGGGUGGAUGUGGAUAUACACAACUACCCAAAGCAAAAAAUAAGAAAUAAGUGAUAGCAAAAAAAUAGAAAUGAUUUAUCAUUGCUGCUGCUUCACGAUGGUUCUUUCCCACCUGUCGUCAACUGUCUAGAGUUGCAUGAUGUGGUGUCGCGUACACGCACUACGAGCUUCUAAUCAAUUCGUGGUAUCCAUUACUGUGUGAAUUUUGGCGCAUUCGACCUGUACAUAGCUUCGUUCGUCCAAUACAAAUAGUGUCAGCAAUCGAUAAGUCCAUAAUCUUACAGUGCACGUGCAUCCAGUAGUACCAGUACGGAAUGCAAUAGCAGAGAUCGUAGGGGGAAAUAGGGAACAAACAAACAAAAUGCAACAUUUAACAAUGGCAAUACACGAAACAGUGCAGUUUUCCUUUGAUGUAGCUUACUUAUUACGAGUAAAAACUCACUGGCGGGGAAAACAAAAACAUCCAAUGCCAAUAGCCUGUACGAUGUGCGCUAGUUUAAUAUGGUGUAACGAUAGUAGUGGCGUUAUGGCACAGCAAAAACAAAAAGACUAUUAAAGAAAAACAUUAUUUAACAAAACCACUAUAAAAAACCGAAAACUCACUCGAUACACACACACACUCACAAAUUUGCAACAACAAAUGAAAAAUGCAGCCCCUUAGAGACAAGUGCGCUGUUGUAGCAUGUAUAAAUAUCUAUAUUUUGGGUGUGCCUUUUUUAUACAUUGUACAAUUUUGAAUGUGGCCACGUAAUGAUGUAAAUGUAUUUCAAAAAAUUAAACCAAUGAAAAACAAAAGAAAAGCAACAAAAAGAAGAAGAAAAAACAUAAAAAAUAUUAACAUCGAAAGUAUAUUGCAAACUAGAUACUUGUUUUGGUAAUGUUUUAUUCUUCCGUUGGAACGUGUUGUUUGAUUUGUGUUGGGCUUGCUAUUGUUUUCUCUCUCUCUAUAUAUAUAUAUUUGCGUUUAUUUGUCUCCCACCUUUAUAAUAGUAUAUUCGCUGAAUGUGUCUACACUUUUAUAUUCUUAAAACGGUUUUAAGUUCGUGUAGUGUAAACAAUGUGUUUUUUUUUUGUGUUGUUUUAUUAUUUACGAAUACGUUGGCGGAUUGCAUUAUAGCUGUAGUUGAAUCUGCCAGCAAAAUACUUUUAAUCUAAUAUUUUACUACACACUUAUAGCCAUCUUCAGCAUUCACAUGGUGUAUUGAUUCUGUUGUCUGUUUCAAAUUUAUAAACAUUAUUUACGCUCUUGCUUUUAAACAACAUAUUUGCCAACUAGAAAACUAUUGAUGUGUAAGGCGUGUUAUGCAUCUAUUAAGAAGCGCUUUUUAUUCUUACCCACAUUUUUUCCUCUCUUAUACUAGCUUUAAUUCCCAUUUGCCCUCACAUUCCGAGGGUUUUCUGUCUUUUGUUCCCGGUUUCGAUUACACCCAUUACUAUGUUUAUCUAUAUAUUUGAGAAUGAUAAGUGUGUUGUGUGAGAGUUAUCUAAUUGCGAGCCGUUACGAGACGGAAGUAUAUUCGUUUGCUUGCUUGGAAUCGUGUAAAACAAAAAAAACGGGUUCACUGCUUUCCCUCUCUGCAAGCGCAGCAGAGAAUGUAAUCUUUCCUAGCCUCUUCCUAGUUGGUUCUUUGAAUGGUUCUGUCUUACGAGAGCAUACAAUAGUUUGUUUAGGAACUUUCUCCACUCGUUUCACCUUCUUUUCACACGCUGUACGUUGUCCUGCGUUAAUAUAUAUAUAGUCGAAGGCGUAUUAUCGCUGGCUUUAGUACGUAGCAAAAACAAAAAAGCAAAAAAACAAACGAAUGUCUCUUUUUUCCAACUGUUCAUCAUCCAUCUCUGUAUGCAAUGUACUGUUGUUGUUACUACCAAAUUGCCACACUUCUUGUACAACUAACCAACGGUGUUUGGGAGGUGCAUUCUAUUUGUCUUUUUUAUACAAUUUCUAUAAAUAUCUAGCUGUAUCUGUUCGUGUAGAUCAUGUUGUUUGUGCAAGUAUAUCAUCAUUUGGGACUGCUGCUCUGCUGAUCCUCCAUUUAUCACUUGUUUGACCCAUCGCCGACGAGCACGGGCGUGUGUGUGUGCGCUUCGGAUAUCCGUUAGUUCCGUUUCCCUACUACUCCUAUUUGCUACAUGCUUGUACUAAACAUGCGUUUAAGGUUUAAUCUUUUGGAGAGAGAAAAAAACAUCCAACAAUCAUACUAUUAGUGCACUGUGCACCACCACGCAGACAUUAGACGGCGCGAGGCGCUUUGUGUGGAUUGGAACGCAUCAAGACGGCCACAAGCAAACGAUAGCACAUCAAACUGCGUAUGAUUGAAUGAUUGUUUUAAAAUUGUACGUAUCAAGUAGCCAAGCAGUGUAAAAUGUCCGGAAAAGGAAGCUUAUCAAUGGGCGACAGUAAUUAUGCCGCAAUAUGUGCCCGUUGUUUGCAGAUCAGCCAAGGGGCCACAUUUGGAGGGUGAACCAAAUGCACAGUUCCAAUGUCAAGACCGCAUUUUUGGCCGAUACUGUGCGAUACAUUUGGCGGAACAGGUACAAUUGAUGCAAUAAUAUAACUAUCACAGUAAAUAGGAACAUAUGGAAUUAGAAAGAAGAAAAAACGAUGUCUAUUACAGUAUCAAACAAGAAAAAGCGCAGCCACACGUUCCAAAAUGUAGUCAAAUCAGAACAGAACAGGUAGAUGUGAAGUGAAAAUAGAAAUUCCAAUUCAAGACAGAACUAGGAAGAGGAGCACCGGGGACUACAAUGAAGCAAAUUUGACGAUAAUGUAAAGAAACACACACACACACACUUAUUUGGGCCCCUUUAGCCAAGCCAAGAGCAAACGAAACAAAAUAACAUCAUUCACUUCCUGCAACACUUACCGAAAAAGAAAUCCAAUAAAGAUGCGUAUAUAAUUGUCGA